AUGAGUGAGCAGAAUCAAAGCUAAAGACUGUUAAUCUCCUCUGAAUUACCAGAAAAUCCAAUUGCCACAAAAAUGACGCUAAAAGAAGACAAGACUUGUGGAGGAAGAUUUCGAUGGAACUUAGUUAUCAAUGCUAUAAUGAUAGCUAUGGCAGCCUUCCCUUUCUAUCUUCCAUUAGAAGCUACUUUGGGAGUAAAUUGCUUCUAUGCUUCAUUAUGGUUAUUAUUUACAUGCUUGGCAGCCAACAAUUUAUUUACAAUACACAACACAAUCAGAAAAGUUACUAAAUGCUAGGAUUAACCUCCAAAUCCUUCCCCUAUUAAAUUUAUUCUGAUAACGUUUCUUUACAAAGAGCCUUUAGAAUUACUUUUGAAAACCCUUCAAAAUGUUUCUCAACAAAGGAUUGCCAAGGAAAUAAUUAUGGUGGUAUGUAUGGAAGAAAAAACUCCAGAUAAGGAAUCAAAAAUAAAUGCUGUAUUUGAAUAAUUUACAAAUUCUUUUGGCAAACUCAUCAUAACGGUACAUCCCUAUGGAACCCCAGGGGAAAUCCCAGGCAAGUGUUUUAAUAACAACUAUGGAAUUAGAUCAGUUUAUGCCCAUUUAAGAUAAAGCGAACAAAACUUUGAUCCAAACAAAUACUUUGUCACUAACUUUGAUGUAGAUACUAUCUUUCACAAAAAUUUUCUCGAUAUCCAAAUGAUGAAUAUUCUCAAAGAGAAAGAUAGGAAUAAUUUUGUUUGGUAACCAGUUCUAUUUUAUAACUGGGGACUUGAUAAACUUAGUGUUUUUACAAGAAUUACAGGAUUAGCUAGAAAUAUGCUAAUGAUGGGAGCACUUAUCCCCUUUAAUAUCAACAUCAUGAGUGUGUAUACUGCUUCCUUAUAAUUAUACAUAAAAGGAGAUUUUUGUCAUCCGACUUAUUAGAUGGAAGAUAUAAUCUGUUACAUAAGAUGGAAGACUCUGAGCAAAAGAUCACUUAAGAUUAAACCGAUUUAUUGUCCUAUAAUUUCAGGUCCUACAUCAGGUUCAAACAUGUGGUAGGAAUUUGUUGAAUGGGUCAGAUAAAAUAAGAGAUGGAGUGUCGGAUCUGCUGAAGUUUUCCAUUACUUUGUUAUAAAAGUUUCAAGAAUCUAGUUUUGUUCAGCUUUUCUGUGGGCUUGCAAUUAUCUCAAUUAUUAUGCAUCAUUUAUUUGUGUUUAAAGCUUGCUCUUAAUCACAACAACAAUUAGACUUUUUGCUAUGAAAAGUGAUCCUGAUCCUGUUCUUUAGCAAUAUUUCUGGAUACCUCUUAUUGCGGUUUAUAUUUGCCUGUUUUUUAUGAUAUUAAUGAAUAAACUGGCCUGUUUUUUAUGA